AUGUCGCAAGAACACUCACCAGAGCCAUCGCAAGAACUGCCUCUGCCUGUCAACUGGCCUGAGGAUGUCGAAUACCUCCGCCGACCAAAGGUCUCGCCAAACGUACCUGACGUCGUCCUCAAGAUACUCAACAGACCGACGGCAGCAACAGCUACCUUCACUCGCUUCUCUGCCGAUGCCCUCAAUUUCCCAGACCCGAACGUCCGCAUCGUCCCCUUGAACGACCCCGAACACCCAGCCAACGGUCAAUAUGGUCUCGCUGCCAACAAACACUUCUUCCCUGGCAACUUCAUCCUACCUUACAUCGGCUGCCUGCACACAAACGACCCCAAAGACACUGAUCCAGAAUCCACCUACGACAUCUCGGUCGACAGAGAACUCGGUCUCUCUCAAGACGCCGCAAAGUCUGGCAACGAGGCUCGCUUCAUCAACGACUAUCGCGGCAUCGACGAGAGACCCAACGCCGAGUUUCGCGACAUCUGGGUCCAGACUGCCGAGAAGAAGUGGGAGAGAUGGAUAGGCAUCUUUGUCAAGACGCCCGGCAAGAAUGCUAUGAGGAAGAGUGGCAUUAGACCGGGAGAGGAGAUUCUUGUCAGCUACGGCAAGGGCUUCUGGAAAGACAGAACCGAUGAGCCCGCUCCCUUUGAGAAGAAAAAGUGGCUGUGA